AUGGGGAAAUUUUCAGACCUUGCCAUUUUUUACUUGGUCUUCCUUUUAAAUUUUUGCCUCUACAAAAAGGGCGUCCAAGGUUACGGUGUGGCCAAUGGGGCAACGCCCAAUUUUAGGAGUGGCGCCUCGAAUAAUGAUCACGGUGAACAGAGGACAAAGACGUUAAACAGAAGCAACGGAACUCAUCAUAACGUCGGCACCCUCGCUAGGCGUUAUCACGGGGCAGUGCUGGGCUCGACGGGGGCAUCCAACUUGGGAAAUUCACUCAUAAGGGGGAACGCCGAUGGAGGGUCUGGUACCACAGGAGGGACUACUACCACGAGUAGUGAUAGAAGUCCUACACCCAGUUCGGAGAGUAGCGGCUCGUUAACCGGAACGCUGGCGCGGUUCUUUAUAAACGCUAUAAUUAAGCCAACCGUAAACUUGGUCGUAGCGACGGAACAACCGCAGGCACAAGAACCAGUACCAACUCCCCAAUCCCCCAGUGUAACCCCUCCGCGAGAAGCAGAAUCCAACACCCUGAUUGACAAUAAAAAACUCAAGCUAGAACGUGACCAGGAAGCGCAAAAAUCGGUGAAUGACGUGCAGGAAGAGGUUCAGGACGAAAAUUACGAUGAUGGCGACGAUAACCGUGUGGACGAGGACACAGACGAGGGCACUGGCGAGGGCAUUGACGACAACACUGACGAAGAUGCCGAUGAAGAAAUUGUAUAUCGAUAUGACAGUGAAGAAGAAGCAAAAAUAAACAUGGAGGAACAAGGAUUUAAUUCCUUAGUGAAUGAUGAAACUAUACACAUGAUUCAUUUUCAAGAAUAUACAGACGUUGAGGAGGGGAAAGAAAAAGUUGAAGAGUUGGUUCAGUACAUGACAAAUUCGUUCAAGGAAAAUGAGCAGCUUGUGGAUACGCUUAACGAUUUCUCAGAUGAUAUAAUUAUGUAUUUGCAGAAAUGA